GGACGCCAACGACGAACCUGGCCGCCAUGGCGAUUUCACCAACCCAAUUCGCCGUCACCACGCGGCAGUCGGCCAAUUGGUCCGACGCGAAGCGGCGAGUACUUGCGGCAUAUCGAGAUUGGCUCCGGGCAGCGCCGGAGAUUCAGACCAUGUACUCGAUUCCACAUCCAGUUUCGGCUAUCCGCUCCCGCAUACGGCAAGAGUUUGAGCGCCAUCGAUUCGUCAACAAGUUGCCAGUGGUGGACGUUCUCCUCCUUCAGAACAAUGCCGAUUAUCAAGAAACUAUGAAUUUCUGGCGUCAAACAAACCAUAUAAUGUCCUUUUUCAAGGAGGAGAACUUCAGGGGGGAGAAGCGACUGCCGUCAAAUUUCAUAACUGGAUUCCUAGAGGGUCGCAACUGAACAAGAAUUAUACUCUUUUUUGUCCGGAUGUACAUACAGGUAGUAAAAAUCGUCUAAACGUCCAAAAGGCGACCGCCGCAAGCCCCAAUUCUCCGAGUCCUGAUCAAUGCAUAACCCAACGCCGGAAACGCCAUCCUCUUCGGGUCCAAACAGCAAAGAAGCUACGAAGAUGCACCUGCUGAGAAGCGUUCGCGGGCCUCGAUGAACUUGUCUGUCACGACGUCACAGAGAUCUUGUAGGUCUCGAAGCCCCUUUUCCAGCGCCUCAAUUGCCGUUGUGCCUU